CCCUCGCGCUAUGGAAUCUUGAAGAACUGCGUCAAGGGACCGUGCGCUCGGUGAGCGACUGCCGCUGAAGAGACAACAACACUGCUGUCAACACACAGCCUGACUCGGACUCGCUAUGGAUCAACACCAAGACUACAUGAACAAUGCCCCAAACAGCUACAGCUACAACUCUGGGGACUCCAUGAGUGCGUCUCUAGCUGGCUUGACCAUUAAUAACCUGCACCACCAGGAGAACGGGAUCCAGUUGGGACAAAAGAGCCCUGGGGAUGGCUCCAUGAAAGCAGAAUGUAAGGAACUGUCACCAGAGGAUAAUGCUGACAGAUCGGUGACAGAUCUCUCUGAACAAGAGAGCACCCGUUGUGAUGAGGGGGUGCCACAUAGCACCACUGUUGAGGACGGUGUACAAGCUGUUGAGCGUGAGGAACCAUCACCAGAAGACAAAUCUGAUGAACCAGUGUCUAUGUUCUGUGAAGUAGAGACCACCCCCUGUGUGCAGGAGGUGGCACCUGGUGCCUCAGGUCAGGAGGAGGUACAAUCUGCAGUUGGAGGAUCAAGCACAACAGCACAAGCAAAGAUUGAUAAUGACACUGCCGAAAAGAAGCCAUGCAAAACUCCUACCAAAGCUAGACCCACCUCUGCCCUUAAAAGACCUUCCCCAAUCAACAGAACCCCCAAAACACAGGCCUCCACCACAAAUGGGCCUAGCUCAUUACCCACUAAAGCCAUCAGUACGGGAACCAGGCAGUCCCGAACUCCAGGUGGUACUAGGCCUCAGGCCCCUGGAACAAAAAUUCCUGCCAAAACCCCAGCUCAGCCAGCACCAAGCGCUAAGAAGCCAGCGUCCAAAAAUGAUAAAGACACCAGUGGACACAGCAGCCCUGGUACUCCAAAGUCCCCCAACAGCCAAGCUCUUCCUGGAAAGCCUUUGGCUGUGCCAGCCAAUCAAGUGAAGAAAGUGGCUGUGGUGCGUUCAACACCUAAGUCCCCUGGCUCUCUCAAGAACCGCCCUCCCGCUCCCCUGGCAGCUGCAGCCCCCAUGCCAGACCUGAAGAACAUCAGGUCAAAGAUUGGCUCCACGGACAACAUGAAACACCAGCCUGGUGGUGGCAGAGUACAAAUACUUGAGCAGAAGAUCGACUUAAGUAAUGUCCAGUCUAAGUGCGGCUCCAAAGACAAUAUGAAACAUGUACCCGGAGGUGGCAAUGUUCAAAUACUCGAUAGGAAGGUGGACGUGAGCAACGUUCAGGCUCGUUGUGGCUCCAAAGACAACAUGAGGCACACUCCUGGAGGGGGCAGGGUUCAAAUUGUUCACAAGAAAAUCGAUUUGGGUACUGUUCAAUCUAAAUGUGGUUCUAAAGACAACAUCCGCCACAAGCCAGGUGGCGGAAAUAUUGAGAUCAAGUCUGAGAAAUUAGACUUCAAGGUCCAAUCAAAGAUCGGCUCUCUUGACAACAUUGGGCAUGUGGCUGGGGGUGGACAGAGGAGGAUUGAGAACCACAAACUGACGUUCCGUGAGACAGCCAAGGCCCGCACUGACCACGGCGCAGAGAUUGUUUCCUUGGAAGACUCACCCAACCAACUCAGCACCAUGUCCUCCUCUGGCAGUAUCAAUAUGGCGGAUUCACCACAACUGUCUACGCUGGCUGACCAGGUGUCUGCCUCUCUGGCCAAGCAAGGCCUGUGAAUGCACAGCCGAGGGUCCUGCCACACUACCACAUAUAGAAGUUGAGACACCUUCCUUGUCAUUUUCACAAGACUUUUUUUUAGCUACCCAUCACUGUUUAUCCUCACUAACAUUUAACACUGUUAUUGAGACAAUAUCAUGAGAAAGGAGGUCUUAAUUAGAGAUUUGUGUAAGCCAAGGCUACGUUAAGCAUUUUGUUUUUUGUUCUUUUUUGUGAUCGUAGAUCGUCUCCCCCCGUCCCCUUCCCCUGUCUUCUCUUGACCCUUCAUGAGUUUCAUUGGUCAUGGUUAACACUCAUCCAUUUCUUUCCAACUCUUUUGACGGUCAUAAGGACUGCAAAUCAUUUAGUUUGAUGAGGAUGUAUUGAGUGUGAAAAAUAAUGGACGAUGGGUCCCUUUUUGAUACAUUUACAAUAAAGGUAUUCGGGGUAGCAGAGGGUUAAGACCAGUAAAGCAGCCCACUUUUGCAGUCUCAAGCAAACUCAACAUUUACAGGGUCAAAUCAAUGGUGAUAGAAUGGGUGGGCUAUUGUAGCAAAGCUCCCAUUUACAGUAAAAUGCUUGUCCUCUUCACUAAUUGGCUGUCCUUGCUUUGCGUGCUAACUGCAUAUCAAGGUAGAAUAGUUGGGCAUGGGGAUGACAUACCUCUCCAGACCCCCAAAAAAAGGAAUAUGGGAUAAUUAGAUUAGAAACCUCAGUUUGUGUUCGGCACAUUUUUAUAAUUGUAUUCUGUGGAUAUGACAUGUAUUUGAUAUGAAAAAACAUUUGUAUUGUGCCUGCUGUCGGUGUUAAUUUAUUGAGGUUAUGUACAUGCUAGCUCUGUUGUAAAUGCGUCUCAGCUUUGUCUAUUGAAGUGGUAAGUCAAGUUUUACUUAAGUAUUGCCAGUGAAAUUAAUUGAGCGAAAUAUUGUCUCUGGCUAUCUUGAAAAGCCUCUCAAUUAAAAAAUAUGUAAUUGGGAUCAUGGACAGAGCUUGUGUUAAAUACAGGUCAUGUACCUAGAUAUUAUAUAAUUCAAUUUAAAUGACUAAAAUGCUGAGAUAGGCUACUCACUAAUGUGUGACUGUCAUCCUUAACUACCACCUUAAAAUUAGCUAUGGCUUGUGUAUAUUUUGUCCACCACCAGAAACACACUAUUCUCUUUGCUGUUCGGAAUUUGUGUCCUGGAUCUCACAUACCUAUAUGGUCCCCUCCUUAAAAUGUUUCAACAUUUUAAAACUGUAUUCCUAGUGAUUCACCAUUACCUAAAAGUAUUCCUGUCAUUGAAUUCCAGACAUGUAAAUGAACUUGCAUGCAUUUCAUGUAGGUAGGACAGUUGACUUUCUUCUGCCUCCCUUCAACAUCACUAUGCUUUCACUGUAUAUCCUGUAAUAUCUGCUUGUGUAUUUAAUAGGAUAUAUAUGUAGGUAUUAGUGCGUGGAUACUUCAACACAAAGGACAACCCCUUCCUUUAGGUACAGCCAAAUGUGAACUGAUUAUACAAAUAUACUUUUCCUAUGUUGUGUGUUUGCUAGGUAUUGCAAAUAUAUAGCCUACUGAAUUGAUACAUUGGAACAGCGUGGUGCACAGAAGGGGUGUGCUUGCAACACAAUAAUCUGCAUGCUAAAACUAAUUAUACAUUUUCAUCACUAGUAGACAAAAUUCAUUUAAUGUGUUAAAUGGGUAUGUGCACCGCACACUAUGAGGAAGACUGGGACUAAGUUAUAGGGCAGGUGUUUUGUAUACAAAUGUCUGGAAUAUCAAAUUCUGGGGUCUUCUCCAAAUGCCUGUGUGCCAAGGCUAAUGGAAAGGUUUGCAGUAACAACUAUCACCAUCACCCUUUGUUAUUUCUGCGGCUGUACAGUUGUGAAAAAUGUAAUUGUUGAUGUAUCUGUGCAUUUUAUCAAUAACUGGUUUAUGAUCCUUCUUGUUGCUGUAUGUGAAUUUGAAAAUAAACGCUAUCACACCACAGUUCAUUUUUCUCACUUUACAGCAAUAAAGAGGUGAAAACCUUAGCAUGUCAAGUUUAACAUAAAUUUUUUAAUGGUACUAUUUACAAAAACAAGUCUGCUUUUGAUUAGGUUUACUGCUGCAAUAAUGGAACAGGUACAUCGACAUAUCGCUUAACUACAAAAUAAAAAAAUACAGUGAUUGAAUGACUGUGGCAUUAAAACACAGGUGUAAAAUUAUACAACCAUAGAUUUUGCAUAGCAAUUAGUUAUUCAUGGGGGAAAUGGCGGUGAGAUUUUGACAUUGUGGGAUGGCAAAAACAUGCCUCUUGCAACAGCAGUCUCUUUAGAUCAGAAUUACCUACUGAGGGGCAAAAUGAUUCUCAGCAUUAGAAAUAUUCCCUUAAAACUGUAAAACCUGAGGUCUGGGUGGCUUCUAGCAAAGAGUUGCUACAUUUUAAACAAUUGCAAGAGAACACUUCUUAUUCCUGUCAAGUGAAACCGGAAACAACCUUCAUUUUCAACGUAUAAACAUCUACCAAUAAUUCACUAGCAUGAACCUGUACGCCCAGAAUGGAUGAUGUGGGUAAUCGAUCCAUCACCAGUGUGAUUUGAAUUUUAAGUUUCAAUUUGACUACAAUAACAUAAUAUAUUGCUGACCAUAAAGGCAUGUGACAGGGGAGGGGGGGGAAGGAUACGACAGAUAAAGAGUAUAAUCUUUAUUUUUCCUUUGAGCUCCAUUUGCUGGGCUAUUUUGAGCUGAUAAGCAUUUUUUUUCUUUCUUUUUUGCAUUCAGAGAAGUGCUCCAUCAUCCUCCUUUUACUGAGUCAUCCCACAGGCAUAUAUGACUUGGAGAGAAAUGGCUACGUGUGAGGAGCCGAUUCUAAAGGAAUGAUUACCAUCCAAAUAAAAACAAACAAAGCCUAAAGUUUGAACAGACGAUACAAAAAAAGUGUCAGGAAUGAAACAAAACAAAGCAAACCAACACAAACCCUUGGCAGUAAAAGAAGUGCUCUACAAUUUCAGUAACCUCUGAGUAAAAGAGGUUACAUCCAAAAUGUACCUGUUGAUUGGGGAAGUAUGAGAGGAUAUUUUUUUUAAUAUUUUUUUUUUGUCUUGUUUUGUUAUUCGUCACUCCACUAAAAAUGUACAUGGGAAGUACAAGCAAACUAGUCAAUAGAAAACA